AUGAAGCUCGUCAUUUCUCUCGCUACCACCGUCUUUGGUGCUUUGACCAUUGUGAAUGCUCAGUCCGGUACAGGCGCUACGACGCGCUACUGGGACUGCUGCAAAGAAAGCUGCGGUUGGUCUGGCAAAGCAAAUGUGAACGCCCCAGUGCGCAGCUGCGACAAGAACAACAACCCGCUCUCGGACUACAAUGCCCAGUCAGGGUGCGGUAGUGGUGGAGCAUAUGCAUGUGCUAACCAUUCACCGUGGGCUGUUAACGAUAAUCUUUCCUACGGCUUUGCAGCUGUAAAACUUCAGGGUGGCACCGAGUCUACAUGGUGCUGCCAAUGCUACGAGCUGACAUUCACGAGUGGCCCUGUUUCUGGAAAGAAGAUGAUUGUCCAGACCACCAAUACAGGUGGGGAUCUCGGAAACAACCACUUUGACCUUAUGAUCCCGGGCGGUGGAGUAGGUAUUUUCGGGCAAGGGUGCGCAUCUCAGUAUGGGGCACCUUCUACAGGGUGGGGUGCACAGUAUGGAGGCGUUUCGAGCCGAUCGCAGUGCUCUCAACUUCCUUCGGCACUCCAAGCCGGCUGUAACUGGCGCUUUGACUGGUUCCAGAACGCGGACAACCCAUCGGUCUCGUUCAAGCAAGUUACCUGCCCGAGCCAGCUCACUAGCAUCACCGGAUGCUCUCGCAAGUAA